AUGGACACACUUCCCGUGGAGAUCAUCCUUGCCGUCGGUAGUUAUGUCUCCGACGUAGAUGACAGACUCCGAUUGCUUCAAGUAUGCCAAUGUUGGCGAGCCCUGUUCCUCGAGGUCGCAUACAACCAUGUCCAUAUCGAGGCGGCUCAGUUCCAGCCCCUGACGAAAGUCAUACUGACCAACCCGCGGAUAGGAGCAGCCAUCCGUAUUCUUUCAGUCGGACAGUGGCGUACAUGGUUCGAUUACGACCCACAACAAAGGGAAAUGGAAGCGGCGGAGGAGCUGGCAGGGCAAAUCAGCAGAUCGCCGGAGGAGCAGAAAGACUGGAUCGAGAAUCUCCGAGCUGGAGACCAGGACGCAUGGCUUGCUCUUCUUCUUGUCUCGGUGCCGAAUCUCACCACGCUAUCUGGGCGAUAUUGUUUACACGCGCCGAGCGUGACUCUGGUUGUUGCGCGGGCGGCACGCAAGGAACCACCGUUUGACACCAGGCCGGCCCUGCAGCGUUUGGAGACGCUUCAUAUCACCACUAACGAUGCGAAGGGUAUCUAUCCGGACUGGCAGUUCUUGCCAUUCUUCCAUCUGCCAUUGCUUAGGGAUGUGAACUUGAACGGCGUGAAGCAAAACAGAUCACGGAACAGACUGGACCACCCGGCUGUGUCUUCCGCGUCCGGCACGGCGCCCGUGGAAUCGCUUAUUCUGGAAACUCACUGUAAUGGGAGAAAUGGAAUGGCGGAGAUUAUCACCUCCUGCGCCAAUCUCAAACAAUUCAAAUACCAGCAUGCCGACACGGAGAUCUGGUGGGAGUCAUACGUCGACUUUCAACCCCGGAAGUUCUACAAGGCGCUGCUGACGCAGAAGCACAGCCUCGAGGUCCUCCACCUGAGCGACAAUGGCAAGGUGUCUGGGCCUGGGACAGAUGAACUGAGCGACGACGAGGGGAAUGACGGCCCCAAGGCAUAUGACCGGUGGUUUGGAUCACUGGCGGAAUUCAGUCACCUGCAAGAUCUUCGCAUCCGCGUCGAGAACCUUCUCAACUACCAUGACCGCGAUAAAGACGAAUCCGUCGUGCUCAGGGACAUUCUACCUGCCAGCUUGAGGUCGCUACAUGUAGCCGAAUGCUGGCCAAAACACUGCGCGGUGCUUGUGCCGAAUCUGCAAGGAGUCCUUGCUCAUCAAAAGGAGAGGUUCGCUAACCUAGCACGGAUCUCUAUCUCUUCCGGGGUAUCUGAAGACGUACCUGAAGGGCAGAACUGGUUCAGCAAUCCACGUCAGGACCCGAUUCCCGAAUCACUCAAGCAGCCAUUUGUGCCUGUCAAGGAGAUAUGUGACCGAGCGGGUGUAAAAUUCGAAAUGACGCUGGGUCGGUCAUGCUCCAUCAUCAGAGACACACCACACUAUUUCUUUUCUAGCCACUGA